CGGUAUCCAUGAUUAAUUUUCAUUCUGUAUCAUCUAAUUAUUUAAGUAUAAAUACUGAUAAGAUAUGAAUGAUUAUUGUAAAGAUUAGGUUAAAGGCUGGUAAGCCCUGCGGAUUCGUUCAGUUUACAAAAACUGGCGUCGAAAUGGUGAAUCUCGGGUUUACCAUUUUCUUGGGGGUCGCCCUUCUCCAGGGCGUUCUUACUUUGAGCCCCAUACCCGUCCCAGAAGAAGAAUGGGCCGAAUUCUCCAGAAUGCUGCGGGACCCGAGCUACCGCCUGCCUACUACCACCCGGCCAAGACAUUACGCUGUGACCCUGACUCCAUACUUUGACGUGGUACCUGCUGGUGUCAGCGGCCUUACCACCUUCAGCUUUGACGGCGAGGUCACUAUCUACAUAUCGCCCACUCAAGCUAAUGUUAAUGAGAUCGUCCUCCACUGCAAUGACUUGACGAUACAGAGUCUGAGGGUAACAUAUGUUAGUGGUAAUAGUGAGGUGGAUAUCACGGCAACUGGACAAACUUUUACGUGUGAGAUGCCCUACAGUUUUCUCAGAAUAAGGACCUCUACGCCUCUAGUGAUGAACCAAGAGUAUAUUAUCAGGAGUACCUUUAGAGGCAACUUGCAGACUAACAUGAGAGGGUUCUACAGAAGUUGGUACGUCGAUAGAACCGGAAAGAGAUGGAUGGCUACCACCCAAUUCCAACCAGGACAUGCGCGUCAAGCGUUCCCUUGCUACGAUGAGCCUGGUUUCAAGGCCACCUUCGACAUUACUAUGAACAGAGAAGCCGACUUUAGCCCGACCAUAUCUAAUAUGCCUAUUAGGGCCACUACCACGCUCACGAAUGGACGUAUUUCCGAAACAUUUUUCACCACUCCCUUGACAUCCACCUAUCUCCUUGCCUUCAUAGUCUCUCACUAUCAGGUCAUUUCUAACAACAACAAUGCAGCACGCCCUUUUAGAAUCUAUGCACGUAAUAAUGUAGGGAGCCAGGGUGACUGGUCUCUUGAAAUGGGUGAGAAACUGCUAUUAGCUAUGGAGAAUUAUACUGCAAUACCUUAUUACACGAUGGCACAAAACAUUGAUAUGAAACAAGCCGCCAUUCCCGACUUCUCUGCUGGUGCUAUGGAAAACUGGGGUCUCUUGACAUACAGGGAAGCUAACAUCUUAUACGACCCCCUCAAUUCGAACCAUCACCACCGUCAGCGCGUAGCGAACAUUGUCUCCCACGAGAUCGCUCACAUGUGGUUCGGUAACCUUGUCACAUGCGCAUGGUGGGAUAACCUUUGGCUGAACGAAGGUUUUGCCCGGUUCUACCAAUACUACCUUACUGCAAUGGUCGACCCAGAGCUCGGUUAUGAAAUCCGUUUCAUCCCAGAGCAGCUUCAAGUGGCGAUGUUCUCUGACUCCGUAGACAGCGCCCACGCUCUUACUGACACCAGUGUUAAUGAUCCUGUUGCUGUCAGCGCUCACUUCUCAACAAUCACUUACGCCAGGGGAGCCGCCAUACUCAGAAUGACACAGCAUUUGUUGAGCUAUGACACCUUCGUCAAAGGUCUUAGGCAGUAUCUGCGUGCUCGACAAUUUGACGUCGCCGAACCCUACCACCUGUUCUCCGCUUUGGAUGCUGCGGCUGCUGAAGACAAUGCUCUCGCUGCCUACAGAGGCAUCACUAUUGACGCUUACUUCAGGACUUGGUCAGAGAAGGCGGGACAUCCCCUUCUCUCAGUUACUGUUGAUCAUGAAACCGGCCGUAUGACUCUCGUUCAGGCCAGAUGGGAACGCAAUACCGGUGUGUCUCGAUUCCCGGGCUUAUGGCAUAUCCCUAUCACAUGGACAAGGGCUGGAGCCCCAGACUUCGAAAACCUGAAGCCCUCGCAAGUUAUGACUGGACAGUCUUUAGUCAUUGACCGUGGUACCAGAGGACAAGAGUGGGUCAUCUUCAACAAGCAAGUAUCAGGUUUCUACCGUGUCAACUACGAUAAUACCACCUGGGGUCUCAUCACAAGGGCUCUGAGGUCUGCGAACAGGACAGUUAUUCACGAAUUGAGUCGCUCUCAGAUAGUAGACGAUGUCUUCCAACUGGCUAGAUCCGGCGUGAUGUCAUACCAACGAGCACUUAACAUUCUGUCCUACUUGAGAUUCGAAGACGCGUACGCACCGUGGUUGUCCGCCAUCAGCGGGUUCAACUGGGUCAUCAGGAGAUUCGCCCAUGACGCCGCCAAUUUACAAACUUUACAGAACCAAAUCAUCGGACUGAGCGAAGCCGUGGUGGCUCGGCUUGGAUUCACCGAACUAUCCGGUGGUACUUACAUGACCGACCUCCAGAGGUUGCAUGUAAUGCAGUUCCUCUGCAAUGUGGGACACCAGCAGUGCAUUGACGCUGGAAGACAGAACUUCUUGAACUGGAGGAACGGUAGCUUUAUCCCAGCUAACAUGCGCCCAUGGGUGUACUGCACUGGUCUUCGUUACGGCACAGCUGAGGACUUUAACUACUUCUGGACUCGUUACCUCGCAGAAGAUCUGUCUAAUGAGAAGGUUGUGAUGCUCGAAAAGGCUGGCUGCACUCGUGACCAGGCCAGCUUGGAGAGGUUCUUGAACGCUAUCGUUUCUGGCAAUGACGACAUCAGACCACAGGAUCAUUCGAGUGCCUUGAGCUCAGCUAUUACAUCCAACGACGUCAACACCAUGAGAGCGUUCGACUGGUUGACCAAGAACGUAGAUCAAAUUACACGAACUCUUGGUAGUAUCACCUCACCGCUGAACACCAUCACGAGCCGUCUCUUGACCGAAGCACAGAUGACCCAGGUACAAACUUGGCUUGACGCAAACCGUAACACCAUCGGCGCUGCCUACAACACUGGCGUGAACGGCAUCGCCACAUCAAGAGCUAAUCUCCAGUGGUCGGCGAACAGAAUGUCUGAGUUCCUGCGCUUCUUCGAAACUGGGUUCGUCGACGAUGUUCCUAGUGAGGCGACUACUGUUGCGCCCCCUGCCGAAACUACGGUGACUCCCUCUACCUUCCCUCCGACGGAAGCACCGGCGACUACUCCAGCCCCGGGCUCAGGAAACAUCGCCGCUUUGAGCGUUGUCAGCCUCCUCGUCACACUUGCCAUUAACAUGGUAGCGGUGCGAAACAUCAUGUUGCUCCCCACUAUACUAUGUGUCCUCAUAGGAUCGCUCAGCGCCGUUCCUUUCGACGACCUGAGCUCCAAUUUUGAAUUCCUGGAAUAUGGCACUAACUUGGAUGAGCCGAAAUACAGACUCCGGGAUACGGUAUACCCUCACAAGGUCAAUGUUGACCUGGAUGUCUACUUGGAUGACGCCAGGUUUAAUGGAUUCGUUUCCAUGGAAGUAGAGGUCCGUGAACCUCAAUUAACCGAGAUUGUCUUCCAUCAAAACGUGGUAUCCAUCGAAGGAGUAAACGUACUGAACUCUGCAGGCAACCCUGUUCCCCUUCGGUUUCCCUUGCCUUUCACCACCGACAGCUACUACGAGCUUCUGAGCAUCCACUUUGCUAAUCCCAUUCCAGUUGGCAACUACACCAUUUCAGUGACAUACCUUGGCAAAAUUAAUAACAACCCUCUUGACAGAGGAUUCUAUAGAGGCUACUAUUAUUUGAAUAAUCAGAUCAGAUAUUAUGCCACCACGCAGUUCCAGCCUUACCACGCAAGGAAAGCAUUCCCUUGCUUCGAUGAACCUCAGUUCAAAUCCAGAUUCGUCAUCUCUAUUACUCGUAGCAGCAGUCUCAGCCCCUCCUACUCUAACAUGGCUAUCGCCAGCAGAGAAGUCAUUUCCGCCAACCGUGUCCGCGAGACUUUCUUGCCGACCCCCAUCAUUUCGGCCUAUCUUGUCGCUUUCCACGUGAGUGAUUUUGAGGAGACUGCCCUUACGGGCACUUCAUCUAGGCCUUUCGGUAUCAUCUCUCGCCAAGGAGUCAAAUACCAGCACCAAUACGCUGCUGAAAUCGGUCUGAAGAUCACCGACGAAUUUGAUGAUUACUUCGGUAUCAUGUACCACGAGAUGGGUCAGGGUAACCUGAUGAAAAAUGAUCAUAUUGCCUUGCCCGACUUCCCGUCUGGUGCUAUGGAGAACUGGGGAAUGGUUAAUUACAGAGAGGCUUACCUUCUUUACGAUCCUAACCACAUGAAUCUGAUGAACAAAAAUACCAUUGCCACUAUCAUGGCUCACGAGCUCGCACAUAAAUGGUUCGGAAACCUCGUCACCUGCUUCUGGUGGAGCAACUUAUGGCUCAACGAGUCUUUUGCCAGUUUCUUCGAAUAUUUCGGUGCUCAUUAUGCGGACCCAUCUUUAGAGUUGGAUGACCAGUUUGUCACUAGCUACGUACACAGCGCUUUGACAUGGGACGCAGGUGCAGGCGCCACUCCCAUGAACUGGUCGGAGGUUGCAACAAAUCCCAGUAUCUCCUCCCACUUCAGUACCACUAGCUAUGCUAAGGGAGCCUCGGUGCUCAAGAUGAUGGAACACUUCCUUGGCUUCAGGAAUUUCCGUAAUGGACUCAGAUAUUACUUGAGAGACAAUGCGUACGGUAUUGGUACACCUGAAGCUUUAUACAAUGCUUUGCGUCAAGCCGCCUCCGAGGACCAUGUUUUCACUCGCAACUUCCCUGACGUGGACGUCGGAAAGGUUUUAGACAACUGGGUACAGAACCCUGGGGCCCCUGUCGUAAAUGUUAACGUGAACAUGGAAACUGGAGUUAUUACCCUUACACAGGAACGCUACCUCGUAUCUGGGAACCCGGCGCCACAACAGCUGUGGCAGAUUCCUAUCACAUGGACUGAUGCAAGUGUCCGUAACUUCAGCACUGCUCCCAGAUUUAUCAUGACCAGCAGGACACACACCAUCCAGAGCAAUCCUGGACAUAACUGGGUUAUACUGAACACUGCUCAAUCUGGUUUGUAUCGAGUCAAUUACGAUGACCACAACUGGCAAAUGCUUGCUUCCGCUCUACGCAGAAACAGUCAGAACUUCCACAAAUUGAACAGAGCUCAGAUGGUCAACGAUGUGCUCUUCUUCAUUCGUUCUCGAAGCAUCGAAGCUGGUCGUGCAUUUGACGUUCUGUCCUUCUUGCGUAAUGAGACCGACUACUACGUGUGGGCUGGAGCCCUCACCCAGUUUGAUUGGCUUCACAGAAGGAUGGAGCACCUGCCCGCAGCUCAUGUUGAAUUCUCUAACUACCUCUUGAGGCAGAUCGAUGUCGUCGUCAAACACUUGGGCUUCAAUGAACGCGCCAGCGACUCCACUGGCACCAUCCUCAACAGGAUGCAGAUCAUGAACUUAGCCUGCAACCUCGGCCACUCCGGCUGCAUUAGCGACAGUCUUCAGAAGUGGAGAGCGUUCAGAAACAACAACACGUUGGUACCGGUCAACGCUCGCCGCUAUGUCUACUGUACUGGUCUCCGCCAAGGUGAUGCCAGCGACUACAACUUCCUCUACCAAAGAUACAACUCCUCGGAGAGCACCGCUGACAUGGUAAUCAUGCUGCGUGCACUCGCUUGCACCAAGGAUGCCGCGUCGUUUGAGCACUACAUGUUCCAGUCGAUGUAUAAUGACAGGAUUCGUAUCCACGACCGCACGAACGCCUUCACCUACGCUCUGCAAGGCAACAAGGAGAACCUUCCUUUACUGCUUAACUUCUUGUACCGUCACUUCGCUGAAAUCCGUGAAAGAUACGGCGGAGAGGCUCGUCUCACCACCUGCAUCAGCAACGUCGCUGGAUUCUUGACUGAGUUCACGCACAUUAGAGAGUUCCAAACCUGGGCCUAUGCCAACCAGGUCGCCCUCGCUGGAUCCUUCUCGACCGCUGUGUCUGUCGUCAGCACCGCCGUGAAUAACUUGCAGUGGGGUAACACCAACGUGCCUGCCAUCCACGAGUACCUUCUCCUUGAUAGAAGCUCUUCCACCGCUAUUACCUCAUCUGCCAUUCUUCUCUUGAUGGCCAUGAUCGCGCAAAUGCUGCGUUAAAUUUACAUUAUUAUUUGUUAAUUUAAGGUUAAUGUAAAGUUUUUUAAUAACAUUAUUUAAUAAUUGGA